AUGUUGUGCAUUCGGAAUGCGUCGGGUGAAGACGUUAUCGCUCGGCAGCUGGCCAACUUUGUGGAGACAUGCUUGCAGCAAGCGGGUCCUGAGAGUCCUACAAUUCUGGCAUUAAAGCGGUACUUGCGAGGCGUCUGUGGGCUUCCGAGAUUCAGACAACGGCUCGUACUUUCGGACGGCACUCUGCUGGCUGACAACGAGGCACUGACCCAAAUCGAGGCGCAGCUCGUUCUUCUGGCUUUCUGUGAAACUACCGAAACGGAAGAGGCUGCGCUCAGGCAUGCGGCAGCAAAGGGCAAGACUGAAAUGGUGGAGAAUCUUCUGCAAAGGCCACAGGAUCCAGAUUUGGGCUAUCCGCGACCUUUACUGCUCGCUUGUGGCUUUGGCCACCUGGAAGCUGCUCGACUGUUGCUGGAAGCUGAAGCUGACACAAGCACGGCCGACAUGGACGGCGCGACCCCGCUGUCUCUCGCAUGUCAGAGUGGCCACUCCGAGAUCGUACGACUUCUGCUCCAGGCAAGAGCCACAUCCUCGGCCAAUACUAACAAUGUGACUCCGCUGCUCUACGCUUGCCAGGACGGCCACGCCGAGGUCGCAAGCUUGUUGUUGGAGGCUAGAGUUGAUAUUGACCAUGCGACAAAUGCCGGCCACACCCCUUUGUUCAUGGCUUCCCAGAACGGCCACACGCAGGUGGCGCGCCUCUGGCUAGCUGGCAAGGCAGAUGCGGGCAAGGCCAGCACCAAACAUGUGACGCCAUUGUUGAUUGCAUCACAAAGUGGCCACCUGCAGGUUGUGCGUCUUCUCUUGAAAGCUCGUGUCGAUCCAAGCAAGAGCGACCAUAACCAUGUCACACCCUUGCUGCUUGCCAGCCAAGACGGCAAGGUAGAGAUCACAGAGCUCUUGCUUUCGGCAAGGGCAGAUGUGGGCAAGGCCGAAAUCCAUGGUGAAACCCCGCUGCUUUGGGCUUGCUUGGCUGGCCACUUGGGUAUUGCUGGCCUCCUGCUUGAGGCCAGGGCUGAUGUCGACCAGGCGCGAGACGAUGGUGCGACCCCUUUGAUGCUCGCCUGCCAAAACGGCCACUUGCAGCUGGCGAAGCGGUUGCUUGAUUCCAGAGUGGACCCGGGAAGGUCCAGCAAAAACGGGAUGACCCCAAUGUGGUUUGCAGAGCAGGCCGGCAACUUGGAGUUGAUCCGCCUCUUGCAGGCAAGUUCUGACGACAGCCUGCGAUCGGCGAAGCGAGCUCGGCAUUGA